UGAAGUCAGAAGUAUAUCAUAUCUUUACUGAGUGGGUGGUGGACAGGCAGAGCGCUGAGUUUGUAUGUUCAGUGUCAAGUAUCCAGAUUCAUGCUAUUGGUCACGCUAGAUUCAGCUACGUAACUUUCGCUAAAGAUUCAUGUCUGAAUGCGUCAAAAGUGGUCAUGCCGAUACUACACCAUCAGCAAGUGCUCAGCUCCGUCGGUGUCUGUUUGAAAAUCACAUAUGGAGAUUUGGAGCCAAAAAAGAUGAUUGAGUGGUUCGAGUAUACACGACACAUGGGCACCACUAAAGUGUUUACCUACUAUGCUGAAGUAACACCACAGGUUUACAAAGUUCUACAGUACUAUCAGAGUAUCGGAUUUCUAGAAAUGUUGCCCAUUCAGCCUGCUGUGACCGAAGAUGGAGAGAGAAACAGAUUCAGGCGGCCAAGAUUUGAGCAACAAGCAUGGGUGGAUGAAGUCAUGGCAGCCAAUGACUGCAAGUACAGGAUGGCCAAGUAUGACUUCAUCAUCAUCAUGGAUAUGGAUGAGUUCAUUGUGCCUAAAGGAAACAUGAAUUCAUAUUUUGACAUAUUGCAG